AUGAGGUACCUUUGCUCUUUUAACAAUUAUUAUUUGUCUUACUGUGUGUUACAGAAUGGAACAACAUGGAAACCAGACUCCUGUCAAGAUUGUAGCUGUAGCAAUGACAUUGUCUUCUGCAAAGCAACUCAGUGUCAUAAUCCACAUUGUGAAUUUAGUAAGGGUGAGGUCCUUCGAAUUUUGCCAAAUAAAUGUUGCCCUGAGUGCACCUCGAGACUCCAAGGUCACUGUCAACAUGAGGGACAGACUUAUGGGCAUGAUACAGUGUGGGCAGAAUCUAAAUGCACUGUGUGCUCCUGCAGUUAUGGGAAGGUAGUUUGCAUUCCCAGGGCAUGCCCAUCAAUUGAGUGUGGAAGAGGAGAGAUGACAUAUAUCCCAGCUGGAGAAUGCUGCCCAAAAUGUCUAAGAACUGGAGCAUCAUGCUUCUCUGAGGGACAGCUGUAUAAGGAUGGCGAAGAGUGGCAACUGGACUUGUGUUCUAAAUGCAUCUGUAACAAUGGUGAUGUCCAGUGUUACGCUGCAGAGUGUGAGACAUUGUUUUGUAACAAGAAUGAAAACGUCAGUCUCCUCCCAGGAAAAUGCUGCCCUGAAUGUGUGCCCAGCUCUUGUUUACUAGAUGGGACAGAGUAUAAGCAUAGUCAGCAGUGGAAAAAAGAUAACUGCACUACCUGUAAGUGUGACCAAGGAAAGGUAAAAUGCUACACAGAAAUCUGCAAGCCAAUCACCUGUGAGAAGGGCCAGAAAAAUGUCAAGCAUAAUUGGCAGUGCUGUGACAGCUGUCAGGCCACAAAGGGGAACUGUCUGCAUGAAGGCUCUGUGAAAUACCACGGGGAGAUGUGGAACAGCGCAGAUUGUGAAUUUUGUGCAUGCGAACGAGGACAAGUCAAUUGUCAGAGAGCCGAGUGCAGCAAAGUGACAUGCCCAAGGGGUGAAGAACUGGUUCAUCUUCCUGGGAAGUGCUGUCCAGAAUGUGUUUCUCUUACUAGCUACUGUGUAUACUCUAGUCAAAGCAAAGCAAACGGUGAAAAGUUUAAAGAAGGAUUGUGUAAGGAUUGCGAGUGUCAUGCUUCCCAGCUGUUUUGUUACCGUCGCUUGUGUCCUCCUUGUCCACUUGGAACCUUGACUGUGAAGAAUGGAGAAUGCUGCCCAGAAUGCAGGCAAGAUCAGUGCCACUCAGACUGCUUGACCUGUUCUCAGUCCCCUGAUCACUGUGACUUCUGCCGUGAUCCUAACAAGCUAAUUCAGAAUGGCAAGUGUGUACCCGUGUGUGGUCCUGGAUUCUACAACCAUGGCAGAGAUUGUAGAGUUUGCAAAGAAGGCUGUGCCACCUGCAAGAAUGGGAUGGAAUGCCUCUCCUGUAAGGACUCAUUGCUGUUGAAGUAUGGGCAAUGUGUGCCAUCUUGCGGAAAUGGUUUCUACCCACAUCAGCAUUCCUGUGCAGCUUGCCAUGCGAUUUGCUUGUCUUGUACUGGCCCCACUGAGAGAGACUGCCAGCUUUGCAAGGACCCAUCUCAUGUGAAGAAGUCAGGCCUGUGUGUUGUAGAUUGUGGACGGGGAUUUUAUGUGAACAAUGGUAGCUGCUAUGCUUGUGACCAGUCAUGUGAAACAUGCUACUUGGACAGUCCUAUGUGUUUAUCAUGUCCUUUGGGAAGAGUUUUGCAUAAUGGGAAGUGUAUUUCUCAUUGCCCAAAUGGGUAUUACAAAAGUGCAUCAGAGAAAUGUAAAGCCUGCCACAGUUCAUGUGCCACAUGUUCCAGUUCGGCUGCCUUACAGUGCAUAACCUGUUCUGACGGUCUUCUCCUACAGCAUGGACAGUGCUUAUCUGCUUGUGGAAUGGGAUUUUACCCGGAUCGUGGAGUCUGCACAGCCUGUCACAAGUCCUGUCGUACCUGUGUUGGCCCAGAAUCGGAGAACUGCAUCCUGUGUCUGAAUCCAGAAGAAGUACUCCAGCUUACACAUGAAGAAGAUGGACAUUAUUAUGGUGUAUGUCAGUCUCAGUGCAAGUCUGGCUUUUAUGUGGACCACUCCCAAGUGUGCCAAGAAUGCUCUUCUACUUGCUCCAGCUGCAUUGGGAAUACCCCUCUGGACUGUACUGCUUGUUUGUCUCCAAGAUCCCUCUAUAAGGGUCAAUGUUUACACAAGUGUCCUGGGGGGUUCUUCAAUAAAGACAACUCCUGCAUCUCCUGCCAUCCAUCUUGCAAGGAAUGCAGUGGUUCCUCAGAGUCGGACUGCACGUCUUGCCAUCCCCAUGUUUUGUUGCUUGAUGGGUCCUGCAGAACAAGUUGUAAGGAGGGGCAGUACCUUAAUCUGGUUGGUUUCUGUGUUGAUUGUUCUUCAGAAUGUCAACGGUGUGUAGCAGACUUAAGAAGUAAUGACCAUAUUUGUCUGUGGUGCAAGAAGCCUCAUUUUUUCCUUUUGGGGAAUAGCUGUAUUCCAGAAUGCCCUGCAGGAUACUAUAAUGCCAAUGGGGUUUGUGAAAAGUGCCAUGCAUCAUGUCAAAAUUGCAAUGGAGGAAGCCCAUUUGCCUGCACGUCUUGCAAAUCCAGCCUGGUCCUGGCACAGAAUGGCAUGUGUGUUUCCCGCUGUUCCCCAGGGUUCUAUUUGGAUAGUAGCCACAAAGUCUGUCAGCCAUGUAACAGUCGAUGCCUGACAUGUGAGUCUGCAACUGUCUGCACAUCCUGUAGAGAUCCGUCCAGGGUUCUUCUUUUUGGGGAAUGCCUUUAUGAAGUCUGUGCCCAGCAAUACUACCUUGAUUAUGCUACCAGAUCUUGCAAAGAGUGUGACUGGAGUUGCAAUGCUUGCAGUGGACCACUUGGAACGGAUUGUUUGCAGUGCAUGGAUGGCUACGUUCUCCAGGAAGGCACCUGUACUGAACAGUGCUCAGCAGGGUUUUAUAAAAAGGAAGACAAAUGCUUCAGGUGUGAUCUGCCUUGUGUUGAGUGUAUGGAUGACGGUCACUGUACUCUUUGCCAAGUUCCUUAUUUUCUGCAAGGGACAGCAUGUACCCGGGAUUGUAGUACAGGGUAUUUCGCAGACCAUUCCACUCAACAGUGUGUAGUUUGUCCGGAAAGAUGUCUGGGGUGCAGCAGCACGACAUACUGUAAAAUCUGUGACAAUAACACCUUUCAGAAGGACGGCCUUUGUAUACCUGAUUGUGAUUUGGGUUUUUAUGCUAAUACUGAAACCAGAAAAUGUGAUGGUAAGAAUUUUGGUACUUCUAGCCCAUUAAAUCCAGGAGAAUUAGCAGCAAGGAACAAUGGGAUGUCGAACGUACAGCAAACUGAAGAUGUUCUCACCUUUAAUGAGCGUGGGUCGAAUAGUUCCAGUUCUAACAUGAACAUUCCAGAACUACCAUUGUUUUCACCAAAUACUGGUCCAAAUUUAGCGUAUGGACAAAAAUCUGAAGGGGGUUACAAAACAAUUAAGUUAAGUCACUUAAGACUUUUCCAGUCAAAGUUGGGGAAAAAAGAAAAAUUGGGAUUUGGGUUUAUUCCUAGCCAUAGAGCUAGUUUAACAAAUAGUAUUUUACAAGAGAAAUGUUAUACUCGUAAAAUGAAUUUACAUUAUCUUUUGAAAGAUGUUAAUGUUCAGCAGGGUCUUAGGAAAUCUUCUGUUUAUAAUCCACCACUUCAUUAUACCCAUAAAGUGCUUGAGAAGGCAUUUAAUUCCUAUGCACCUGUUAUUCUUCUGAAUGGGUCUCUAAUUGUAGAGGUUGGUGGAAGAAAGAUCCUAGAUUUCUCCUUGAUGACCGUGCUUGAUGAAGAUUCCAGAAAUCCAGGCUUCCAAUUUUAUGUUGUGAGCCCUCCAGACAAUGGGCAGUUAGUCAAAGUUAUCAAAGGAGUAGAACUACAACUAGCUAAAGACAGCACCUUUACUGAAGAGGACCUCAGAGAACACAGAGUGCAGUUUGUGCACAACAGAGAAAAAUCAAGGAAUGGAUAUUUCACUCUCCGUGUCAGUGAUCAACAGUUUCUCUCUCAGCCUGAAAGGAUUGACAUCCAAGCAGUUUCACUGAAGGCACCAGUUGUCCUUACAAACAGCAUUCUUCUGGUUAGCAAAAGUGAAUAUGGUGCUGUUACAAAUUCACUGUUGAACAUCCAUGAUGAUGACAAUCCCGAAGAUGUGGAAAUUGUGGUCCUGGGCUCUCCAAAACACGGACGUCUGGUCAUACUUCCAGCAGAGACGAAAGCAAAACAGUUUCACUUAGAUGUUAUUCGAAGUGGCCAACUUUACUAUGUCCAUGAUGGAUCUAACAGCAAGCAAGAUAGGAUAUUGCUGCAAAUUGGCGAUGGCAACAACUUUCAGAAUAUUAUAUUCCAAAUCAGUAUUCUGCAACAAGAUGAUAGAAUCCCUCACCUUACAGACAAUUCUGUAGUUUGGAUUCCAGAAGGUGGAAUGCUGCAGAUUACAAAUAAUAUGCUGCAGGCUUUGGAUGGUCAUUCUGGUGAUUCUGAAAUCAUCUAUACAGUCAUAAAAGACAGGCCCAGAUUUGGUGAAGUGAUUGUUCUGGCACCCAUGCCAGCAGAUAGCCCGGCAGAUGAUUGGCAGCAUUUGCCAGAUGGGAGAGCAGCUACACCAACCACAUCCUUCACUCAGCAAGACAUCAACGAUGGUAUUGUGUGGUACAAGCACCAUGGCUUGGGCUCCCAAAGAGACUCGUUCAAGUUUCAGGUGUCAAGUGCAUCCAGCCCUGGUUUGCAGUCAGAUGUCCAUACAGUUCAGAUUGGAAUAAUACCUGUUAAACAAGGGGCUCCUCAGCUUUCACCUGCUUCCUCCUCUCUUCAGAUGUCGGCACCUGAAGAUUCCCUAACAGUAAUUCUGCCUUCCCACUUGUCAUUUGUAGAUGCAAAGAGUGAACCUGACAAGGUUGUGUACAAUAUCACUACCCCUCUACCACCAAAUCAAGGUACCAUUGAACACGUGGAUAGACCCUUCUCAAAGGUAAUGCAUUUCACACAAGCAGAUGUAAACCAGAGGAAAAUUGUCUACCGGCCUCCUACUGCGCCUCCUCACCUUCAGGAAAUCUAUUCAUUCUCAUUCAUGGGUCCAUUACUGUUGGUGAGUGAAACCGAGGGAAGGGAUUUCAUAUUUGAACUUACGGAAGCACCUCACCAUGGUGUCUUGAUGCAGUCUAACUAUGACACACAAACACAGAUAAAAGAAGGUGACACAUUUCAAUAUGUACAUGUCAUCCAGAAUGCAGUAGAAUAUUAUCAGAGUGGCUCUGUGGCAUCACAUGACAGCAUGAUAUUUUUGGUUACUGACACGGUUACUGGGGCAUCAAGUUCUUUGAAAGUGGCAGUGGCGAUUAAGGAAGAUGAAGGGCCUAAACUUGAACCUGGCUGUUCGUUGAUAGUUACAGUUCCUGAGAAGGGCUCUGCUAUCAUCUCAAGAACUAACUUGGCCUAUGUUGAUGACAGAUCACCAGACACAGAGAUCAGAAUACAUUUGAUUUCCUUGCCUAUGUAUGGAGUUCUUACAAAGUCAGACUCGGGUCAAGUAUUUGAACAGCUUUCCCAAUCCUCUGCAUUCACAAUGGAAGACAUCAACAAGAAAAAGAUACGGUACAGCACAAGUGUGGAAACUGGAAACCAGCCAGUUACAGACAUCUUCCAUUUUAAUGUCUAUGACGAAGAUAAUAAUCAGCUAAGCAACCAGAUGUUUACUAUUACUAUCACAUCUGUCCAGAACAGGCCUCCGCAUGUUACCCUCAACGAACAGCUCACUGUAGAAGAAGAUGGCAAAGUGAUGUUAUCCUCAGAGAAUUUUCAGAUCACGGACCCAGACACACCUAAGAGUGACUUACUGGUAAUGAUAAGCUCUGAUCCGAAGUAUGGUUUUCUUGAAAAAACUAAAUCAGGGUUAGGCGGAAGCUUUGGGUAUGGAAGUGCUGUUGCAUUCUUCUCCAUUCAGGACGUUACUGAGAAUAAAGUUUAUUUUAUACAGACUGUGUUUGACAGCAGUGAGACUUUAUAUGACAGCUUCACCUUCUUUGUGACAGAUGGGUAUAGUCGGUCUGAAGAGUUCAACAUCAGCAUUAAACUUCAGCAGAAAACUGCUGAGCCUCCAAAGGUGCUGGCUCUCCGAGUGCGAGUGGAAGAGAGUUCUGGAGUUGUGAUCAAAAACACCUCUCUGAGUGUGUAUGACCCUGACACUGCAGAACUUGAUCUACAGUUUACAGUGACCAGAAACCCUGGAUAUGGUCAGCUACGGAAAAGACGCUUUUACUCAGAACCUCUAGAAAAUGGUAGAAUUCUUUCUGUUGGUUCUACGUUCACAUUUCAGGAUGUGCUGGAUGAACUUAUAGUUUUCACCCCUAGUGUAGCACAUAUGCAGUCAGAUGAGAUGCAUUUUUCUGUCACUGAUGGUACAUACACUGAAAGUGGGAAAAUAGAGUUUGAUAUAGAGCUGCAAAAGAAUGAGUCUCCACGUUUGGCUGUUAACAGGGGCUUACAGCUUACAGCAGGAUCCGUGUCACAAAUCACUGAACAACAUCUGAAAGCAACAGACAUUGAUUCAGAAGACCUAAAACUGAGAUACAUCAUGAUCAAGGAUCCUACAGUCGGCCAUCUUCAAAUGAACAUGAACAGUAACCAUGACCAUAUUUCUGUGAAAGGGCCUAUCAAAAGCUUUAGUCAAGCUGACAUCAGUAAAGGACAUGUAGAGUACCAUCAUAAAAAAGGGGAACCAGGUGGAAGCUUUUCUUUCAAAUUUGAUGUGGUCGACACUGAAGAAAAUAAGCUACUAGACCAGUCGUUCUACAUUAAUGUACUUGAGGAUAGACUUCCCCCAACCAUAAUAGCAAACAAGGGCCUUGUGUUAGAUGAGAAUUCGAUAAAGAAGAUCACAACACUUCAACUUUCUGUCACGGACCAGGAUAGCGAACCUUCAGAGCUCGUCUUCACCAUCACCAAACAGCCUGAACUAGGACACUUGGAGCUUGCGUCAUUACCAGGAAAAAGAAUCAUUUCCUUUACUCAAGCUGAUCUGGCAUCCCGCAACGUGCAGUAUAUCCACAUGAAUGAAGAGGAGAAACAUUCUGAUCAGUUUACAUUCAAGGUGUCUGAUGGAGUUAAUGAGGUUGUUCAGACAUUUUAUAUAACUAUAAAACCUGUUGAUGAUUCUUUACCGGUGGUUCAGAUCCCUGGAAUGCGGGUACAGGAAGGUGUGAGAAAGACCAUUACUGAAUUUGAACUGAAGGCCCUGGAUGCCGAUACAGAGGCUGAAUCAGUUACUUUUACAAUUGUACAGCAACCCCGUCAUGGAGCAAUUGAACGCACUAAUAACGGGCAACAGUAUCGUCCGACCUCCACCUUCACAAUGGAUGAUAUCUAUCAGAACAGAAUCAGUUAUAAGCAUGAUGGCAGCAAUUCCCUUAAAGAUCGUUUCACCUUCACUGUAGCUGAUGGCACUAACUCUUUCUAUAUUGUGGAAGACGGAGGAAAAGAGAUUGUGACUGCUGCGCCCCAGAAGUUUAGAAUUGAUAUCCUCCCAGUUGAUGAUGGAACACCAAGAAUAGUCACCAACCUAGGUCUUCAGUGGCUGGAGUACAUGGACGGAAAGGCCGCCAACCUCAUUUCCAGAAAAGAACUGCUAACGGUAGACCCAGACACUGAAGAUAAGCAGCUGGUGUAUGAGAUAACCACUGGACCAAAGUAUGGCUACUUGGAGAACAAGCUGAAGCCAGCAACUGUAGUCAGUACCUUUACACAAGAGGAAGUCAACCUUGGACUUAUCUACUAUGUUCUUCGAGAAGACAAUGUUCUUGAAACCAAGGACACCUUCCAGUUCCUUGUGAAGGAUAGCAAACCCAAUAUUGUCACUGACAAUGUUUUCCAUAUCCAGUGGUCACUAAUCAGCUUUGAGUACAGCAGCUUUAACGUCAGUGAGAAGGCAGGCUCUGUCAGCGUGACAGUGAAGAGAACAGGGAAUCUCAAUCAGUAUGCUAUUGUGCUGUGUCGCAGUGAACAGGGGACCGCAACAUCCAGUGCUGCUAUUAGCUCCAGACCAGGACAGCAGGACUACCUGGAGUAUGCAGGCCAGGUUCAGUUUGAUGAGAGAGAAGAUACAAAAAGUUGCACCAUCGUUAUAAAUGAUGAUGAUGUCUAUGAAGGUAUGGAGAGCCUUACCGUGGAACUUAGCAUGCCAGCAUAUGCCCUUCUUGGAGAGGUUACCAAGGCAACAGUCUUCAUUAAUGACAGUGAGGAUGAGCCCACAUUGCAGUUUGACAAGAAGAUUUACCACAUUAGCGAAAAUGCUGGGUUAUUGUUGGCACCUAUUGAAAGAAAAGGUGAUACCAGCAGCACAGUAUCUAUUAUCUGCUACACCAGCUCACGCUCUGCUACUGGAAGCAGUCUGUUUGCAUUGGAAUCUGGGUCUGACUUUAAGUCUCGCGCAAAGACCAGUGAGAGUCGCAUAGUGCUUGGGCCUGGUGUCACUAUGUCAACAUGUGAUGUCCAACUGAUAGAUGACAGUGAAUAUGAAAAAGAUGAAGACUUUGAGCUCUAUCUGACAGAUUCCUCUGAUAAUGCUCGUAUAGGAAGCAUUGCUUCUGCAAGAGUUGUCAUUGAUGGCCCCAAUGAUGUAUCUAUAGUGUUUCUGAGCAAUUCUUCCUUCACAUUUAGUGAAGAUUCAGGAACUGUUAACAUCCCUGUUCUAAGAGAUGGCAGUGACCUUUCACUGCCCACUGCAGUUUGGUGUGGCACUCGUCCUUCAGAUCCCCCCUCAGCUUCUCCAGGAAUUGACUAUGUUCCCAGCUCUAUGGAGGUAGUCUUCCAGCCAGGCAAAAUGGAAGCGGUCUGCACUUUAACAAUCCUGGAUGAUACUCAAACUCCAGUUGUUGAGGGAAGUGAGACAUUUGUUAUAUUCUUGAGUUCGUCUCAAGGAGCAGAGCUUGCAGAACCCUUCCAAGCCACUGUCAUAAUCAACGACACAUUCCAAGAUGUCCCUAGUAUGCAGUUUGGAAAAGAUACCUACACAGUAAAGGAGAAGGAUGGUUUGGUGGACAUUCCCGUUGUCCGCACUGGAGAUCUGACCUUUGAGUCAUCAGUGAGGUGUUAUACAAGGGCGCUUACUGCAGGUGUCAUGGAGGACUUUGAAGAAAGACGAAACAGUGAUGAAUUCCGCAUUACUUUUCUCAAAGCAGAAAAGGUGAAGAAUUGCACUGUGUUAAUCAGGGAAGACUCUGUGUUUGAACCAGAGGAACAACUGCAAGUCUAUCUCAGCAACCCCUUGGGAAACCACUGGGCUGGUGCAAAAGUUGGAAGGAUAGACAUGGUCACACUCAUUAUUACUAAUGACGAAGAUGCUCCCACUAUUGAAUUUGAGGAAGCUGCGUAUGAAGUUCGAGAGCCUCCAGGUCCAGACAGUGUUGCUGUCCUGAAUAUUAAAGUCAUCAGAAAAGGAGACCAGAACCGAACAUCCAAGGUUCGCUGCAGUACACGAGAUGGAUCUGCCCAAUCUGGUGUGGAUUAUAACCCCAAGAGCAGAGUACUCAAAUUCAGCCCAGGAGUGGAUCAUAUUACAUUCAAAGUGGAGAUCUUAUCCAGUGAGGACACAGAAUGGCAUGAAUCUUUCUAUGUGGUUCUGGGACCUGAUGAUCCAGUGGAGGCAUUGCUUGGAACAAUCACCACAGCAACUGUGACCAUUCUGGACAGGCAAACUGCAGGAAGUUUGAUUUUACCAGCACCUCCUAUAGUGGCUUCCUUAACAGAUUAUGACCAUAUAGAGGAAGUAACCAAAGAUGGUCAUACAAAGCUUCCAUCACCCGGUUAUCCACUAGUUUGCGUGACAGCAUGUGACCCUCAUUUUCCUAAGUAUUCUGUAAUGAAGGAGCAUUGUGAAGAAGCUGGAAUUAAUCGAUCAACAAUUCAGUUCAGCUGGGAAGUUGCUGCUCCUACAGAUGCCAGUGGAGCCAGAUCUCCUUUUGAAACUAUUACUGAUAGCACACCAUUCACUAGCGUGGAUCAUAUGGUGUUGGAUAGCAUUUAUUUCAGUCGACGGUUCCAUGUGAGAUGUAUUGCAAAAGUUGUGGACAACUCAGGACGUGUGGGAACACCCUUGCGAAGCAAUAUAGUCACUAUAGGAACAGAGAAUGCAAUUUGUCACACCCCAGUUGCUGCAGGAACGGCACGAGGAUUCCAGGCCCAGUCCUUCAUCGCCGCUCUGAAAUAUUUGGAUGUGAAACAUAAGGAACACCCUAACAGGAUUCACAUUUCGGUACAAAUCCCACACCAGGAUGGAAUGCUGCCACUUGUUUCCACCUUGCCAUUGCAUAACUUACAUUUUCUCUUGUCAGAAUCUAUAUACAGACAACAGCAUGUCUGUUCUAAUCUGGUCACCAUCAAAGACCUAAAGGGCAUUUCUGACUCUGGAUUCCUUGAUCAUUUGCCGUAUGACCGUAUUUCCCUGGGACCAGGAUAUGAUCGUCCAUACCAGUUUGAUCCUGCUGUAAGAGAAAAGAAAACAAUUCAGUUGUACAGACACCUAAACUUGAAAAGCUGCAUCUGGACGUUUGACGCCUUCUAUGAUAUGACCGAACUUAUUGAUAUCUGUGGUGGAUCUUUCACAGCUGAUUUCCAGGUCCGAGAUUCAGCCCAGUCUUUUCUCACAGUCCAAGUACCGCUUUACGUAUCAUACAUAUAUGUGACAGCUCCACGAGGCUGGGCAUCCAUGGAGCAUCAUACUGAAAUGGAAUUCUCUUUCUUUUAUGAUACUGUCCUGUGGAGGACAGGUAUUCAAACUGAAAGCGUUUUGUCUGCAAGACUCCAAGUCAUAAGGAUCUAUAUUCGUGAAGAUGGACGGCUUGUCAUUGAAUUCAAAACACAUGCAAAAUUUAGAGGUCUGUUUGUAAUGGAACAUCAUACCCUGCCAGGGCAACAUUCUGUCAUUGUAGCUCCAGAUCACCUUGGAGGUAUUGAAUUUGACCUACAACUGUUGUGGAGUGCCCAGUCAUUUGACUCACCCUAUCAGCUCUGGAGAGCAACCAGUUCUUACAACAGGAAAGAUUAUUCAGGGGAAUAUACAUUCUUCCUGAUACCUUGUACAGUGCAACCUACGCAGUCUUUUGUAGACCCCGGAGACAAACCCUUAGCCUGCACUGCACAUGCCCCAGAGAGAUUCCUUGUUCCCAUAGCAUUUCAGCAGACAAACCGUCCAGUUCCUGUUGUGUAUUCACUCAACACUGAGUUCCAACUUUGUAACAAUGACAAAAUGUUUCUGAUGGAUCCAAGUACUAUUGAAAUGACGUUAGCUGAAAUGGAUUACAAAGGAGCCUUCUCAAGGGGCCAGACAUUAUAUGGGCGGGUCUUGUGGAACCCUGAACAAGAUCUGAACUCAGCCUAUAAGCUACAACUGGAAAAGGUCUACCUAUGCACAGGAAGAGAUGGCCAUGUUCCUUUCUUUGAUCCAACUGGAACUAUUUACAAUGAAGGCCCUCAGUUUGGCUGUAUUCAACCCAAUAAGCACCUGAAAUACAGAUUUCUGCUCUUGGAUCGAAACCUACCAGAAGUGACAGAUAAGUACUUUCAUGAUGUACCAUUUGAUGCCCACUUUGCCUCAGAAUUACCCGAGUUUCAGUCCAUGACCAACAUGCCUGGCUUAGAUGGAUUCAUCAUGAAGGUUGAUGCCCUAUACAAGGUGGAAGCUGGCCACCAGUGGUACUUGCAAGUGAUUUAUAUUAUUGGUCCAGAGUCCAUUGCCGGGCCUAGAGUACAACGUUCAGUUACACAUCAGCUAUCGCGAAUCCGAAGGGAUCUAGUAGACAAAAAUGGAAGGUUGGUUCUGGAUGAUUCUUUAAUCUAUGACAACGAUGGAGAUAAGGUGAAGAAUGGCACAAAUAUGAAGAGCCUGAGACUAGAAGUGGAAGCAGCUUCCUCUGAGGCCCAGUCAGAAGCCUCAGUGGGAGGCGCUGCUGCUGCUGUUGUACUGCUUUUGUUUAUACUGUUUGGUGCUUGCUUCUUAGCCAGAAAGUGCAAAAAGCAAAAGAAGAAAAAGCCAACAAAAGAUGUCUUGGAGGAGUAUCCUCUCAAUACUAAAGUAGAUAUUUCUAAAAAAAAUAUAGAUAGGGUAGAAAAGAAUGUCUACAAGCAGCAUUACACUAUAAGAAACAUUAAUGUAUUGGAUAAGAAUGAAAGUAGCUACAGAGGAAUCAAAGUCAAACAAGUCAAUCUAGAGGUUAAACUUCAUAACAAUUUUAAUGAUGGAACAGAAGUUUGAUAGCUUUUAAGUUUUGAUAACUUUUUGAUAAAACUGUACACAGUCAAAGUAUAUGUAUUUUUAUAAUGGGAGUAAAAGGGAAACUGUAAACAAUGGAAAACUAUGCAUUGCGUUGGUCAUGUCAGAACUGAGCUACCUCAUUCUAUGCAAAAAUAUGCAAACAUUAUAUGAGAUCAACAUGAAAGAAAAAGUUGUUCUGCUGAACCAUUUGUAUAACCUAUAGUGGAAAAUGACUUGCCUUUAAGUAAUGAUAUUUCAUCCCUGCCUUAAAUGUUCUGCAUUCUGCCUAAUAUAUUUGCUACCCAAUGUCAUGAAUGUCCAAUUAAAGCAAUGAUGUACCUUCUUUGUCAGCUCACUGUACAUGAAUAAAUAAAAUGCAAACAACUAGAUGCCUUUCAUAGGGAUCAUGCCGGAUCAUUGGCAUUUUUAUUAAGAAUUGGAACUGCUUUUUAUAGUUAAACGAAGCAUUGCAUUCUGUCUUUGAUUUUGUGAUUCCUUUCUCCACAGUUUAAAUUCCACAGUUAAUUGUGACUAAUUAAUGUAAUAAUAAGUCUUGUAGUGCAUAAAGCUAAUGACACAAUGGCAUAUUUAUUGCAGUAAACAGUAUACAUUAAAUGUUAUGUGCAGAUCGUU